CCAUUGGAAAUGACAGGCUGUGGUCUAUCUUGGGUUAGUUAUAAAAAUCUUGGGUUUUAGUGCCUUCAAAAAUAUGCCAUUAUUAUUUAUCUCUAUAGGCGCUAAAGCGGCUAGAUCGUACACUUCCGGAAACACCAGGAUGUUCUUCUGUCCAGGAAAAGCGUGAAAAUAUCUACAACCUGUGUGAACAACGCAACGUGUAGCUUUUUAGGAUUUUAUAGGCGUUCCUGCUAAUCAGCGAGAUGAUUUGGAGUGUAUGGUAGCUGUUUACAUUGCCCUUAUCCCCGCUCUUUGGUCACGUUUGUGUAUUUUGCACUAACUCGCUGUAUUAUUGAAGCUUGUUGGCUGCGUCACCAUCCCUGCCUGGAUUGGUCACAGGAGGCCCUGGAGAAGGAGUGGCCUGAGGUCAAGCCCUAAAGCACCAGAGCCUGGUCAUGAUGGACCAUAAGAGAGCACUCACCAUUUCACUGGCCGUUGACAAGGUGGAUAACUCUCAAAUGGGAAGUCCAUUAAAAAUUCCCAAGAUCCUUCUUUCUUCAGAGUUGAGAUGUGGGAAUGAAGAGUCACAGAUUCACUGGACCCAGAUUGCUGGAAACGGAAUCAAACUCCAAAAGUCUUGUCAGCAGAAUGGAUCCAUCUCUUUGGAUCAUGGCCAAGCGGCUUUAGCCCAAGCGGCAAUGAACUGCACGCAGCUCCAGUUGGUCCUCACGGACGUCCUGAAGACGGAACAGGGGCAGGCCUACCUAGACAGGAAGAUGCGUGGCAAGAUGACAGGAACUGGAGAGAGGAAGAGAGAGUCACCGAUGGGGAGCGGGCAAAGGAGGGUGUCUCAGAGUAGCAGAGAGGGGAGGGAGGAUUGUAGAGAUUUUACAGCACACAGAAAGAGACCCCAUGACCUCCCCACUCCCACCUCGACCCUGACCCGCAAGGAGAGGAGGUCACAACACAGAGGGGGGUCAGAGGAAGACGAGGAGGUGAAGGAACUUUUAAUAGGAGAGGAAAACAUCAAAGACCAGAGAUGCAACAGUAGUGUGUCAGGGAGGCACAGUUCACGGGAACCCCUGGAGGAGGUGACCUUUACUGAGGGGGACAUGCACCAGGAAAAGCCUUACCCACAAUCCACCAGGACUAGGAAGGCAGAUUCAGGUUCAAGCGAAUCCACACAUGUUGAGAGGGAGAGUUGGAGGAGGGAGUCUGGGCUCUACAGUAAUGGACAGGUGAAGGAUGGAGGGAUGAAUGAUGGAGUGGCAGAGGGCUUGACCACAGACGCCUCCAGGAGCUCCAGAGGGAGCGUGCUGCGCCUCUCCAGGGAGGCCAGAGGCGGGGGAGGACUGCCCCCCAAACAGCUGUGUCUGGGGGGGACGGGGGGCAUAGACACUAAUGUAGCAUCCAUAGAAGUAGAGGUGGACCCCUCAAACUUUGACGGGACCCCGAUGGUAGUCACUGUGGGGGAAGACAGGGAAGUUGCCAGCUCCUCUAACCCCAGCUGUGGAGAGGUUAAGGAGAGGAGAGGAACCCUGUCCUCCAGCCAGGAUAGGACGCCCAAACUCAGUCCUGUUGAACCCAUCGUUCUCUCCAGUGAUGAGGAGGUAGUCACCCCGUCCCACAGUUCAGUCCUUUGGCCACAGACUAGUGAGUGUGAGUCCCAGAGAAACCAUGCUCAGGAAGACAACGUGGUGGAAGAGACAGACUUUCAGGUGAUGCCUGUGGUGGUGACAGGGUUUGGGGUGGCCAGUUUCCCCAGCACUGAGGACUCUGAGGGUAUGGCCCUACCCUUCUCUGCCCUGCACUGUGGGGGGGUCCGAGGGGAGUCCAGUGGAAACCUCAUGAUCACAAACCACAGAAUCAUCAUACCAAUUAAAGGCCAGGUAGAUGUGAUGGUGACUGUGGAGCGCUGUCAGCUGUGGAAGUACAGCAUCUGGGACAGGGAGGAGCUACAGGAGAGAGGGCUGGGGUGUGAGGUCAAGGGAGAGAUGGGGCAGCCUCCCCCCGCCCUCCUCCUCCUCUACGUGUCAGACGCCCAGGCAGUCGCCGUUCAAGAAGACCUGAGGGAGCUGUCAAUCAAACAGGCCUUAGAACCACCCACUGGCCAGGCCAGUCCCUUCCUCCUGCUGACUCUGCAUGCCCCUCUGGAGGGGGUGGAAGGGGCUCUACUUCGCUCCAUCCUCGACAUCAUCUGUCUCAACAACGUCGACGCUGCAUGUCUCUGGGGAAACGCUCCCAUCAACGAGGCGGUGGACCUCCACAGUCCCCUCCUGUCAUUGGAUGACAGUCUGGCGCUGAUCGGUAGAACCGGACUAGACCACCAGCUGCUCUCCCUACUGGGACAGAACAAUGCCGAGUCUGUCACAGAACCCGACCAAGACAGAGACACACCUGGGCCAAAUCUGGACACUGUGGAGGGAGAGUCACAGACACCACCGGAGACAGAGGUACAGGCAGAGGAGGAGGAGGAGCAGAGGGAGGCAGAGAGCGUACCCCUCGCUGAGGAGAGUCCAGUCCAGCCCAGACCCGUGUACACAGUGUGUCACAGCAGAACCAGAGGCUCCUACUCUGUGUUCCUGGGCCCGAAGCCAGGCUCCAACUGGACCCGAUACAAGCACCAGGGCCCCACACGCAGGUUGAUCCAGUUUCCUCCACCGCCUUCCAAAGGAGGGAUCGCCGUGACAACAGAAGAUCUGGAGUGCCUUGACAACGGCCAGUUUCUGAAUGAUGUCAUCAUCGACUUCUACCUCAAGUAUCUGCUUCUGGAGAGGGUUCCGCAGGAUGUGGCUGAUCGCGCUCACGUCUUCAGCAGCUUCUUCUACAAGCAGCUCACUCGCCGAGACAAUGCCAGUGAGGACAGUACCAGCGUCUCAGCCCAGCGGAGGCGGCAUCAGCGGGUGAAGACAUGGACACGACAUGUGGACAUCUUCCAGAAAGACUUCCUGUUUGUGCCUGUCAAUCAGGAAGCCCACUGGUACCUGGUGGUGAUCUGCUUCCCUGGCCUGGAGGAGCCUCAGUGUGAGGAGGGGAGCAGCCCAGCCUCGCUGAGGGGAACAGGGGGAGAGAAGCCAGAUGAGGCCCAGGCUGAAGAGGAGGCCUCUGGGUCCAAGCUAAAUGGCAUCAGUGAAGUCACCCCUGAAUCAAUUAGCACUGACAACCAGGACAAACUGACAGUUACAGUUUCAAAUGUUGUGGUACAGAGUGAAUCAGUACUCCAGCCACCUCCUGGUCCUCUGGACUGCACUGAGAAGACCUGUCACAGAGAGACCAUCUGUAAACGACCCUGCAUUCUCAUCAUGAACUCCCUCAAGUUUUCCCUCCAUGAGCGCGUCUUCAAACUCUUACGGGAGUACCUGCAGUCGGAGUGGGAGCUGCGUCGGGGCUCUGUGCGCGAGUUCAGUUCUGAGCAGAUGCGAGGCUCCCACUGUAAGGUCCCCCUACAGGACAACAGCAGCGACUGCGGCCUCUACCUGCUGCAGUACGUGGAGAGCUUCCUGCAGGACCCUGUGGUGCACUUUGAACUUCCCCUGUGCCUAGAACGCUGGUUCCCACGGCAACAGGUGAGGAGGAAACGAGACGAGAUCAGGGACCUGGUGCUACACCUGUACAGACACCAGAGGGGCACGGUGGGGAGUAUAGGAAAUAUGGGAAAUGUAGUCAGUUAGGGCAUGGUGGGUAAUAUUAUGGCUGUGACCAUACCAGUAUCCCAAUAUUUUUUCCAUGGCAAAAAUGAAAACACGAAGCAGACCAAACUCUUUGGUCCUUUAAAAACCUGCUGUAUGUAAAAUAUUGUGUGCUAUAGCUUGGAAAAUAAAUAAAUGUGACUCUGGGUGACAACAUGAGGAUGUUUGUUUCCAACAUUAGGACUGUUUUCCUGAAGAAGUUAAAUCUGCUUUGUGUUUUGUUUAUUUGACAUGAUACUAAUGAGUGUCGCGGUACUGGUAUUAUCUUGGCCCUAGGUAGUAUAGGAAACGUGGGAAAUGUAGUCGGGCACAAGUGGGUAGUAUAGGAACCAUGGGAAAUGUAGUCGGCACAAGUGGGUAGUAUAGGAACCAUGGGAAAUGUAGUCGGGCACAAGUGGGUAGUAUAUGAACCAUGGGAAAUGUAGUCGGGCACAAGUGGGUAGUAUAGGAACCAUGGGAAAUGUAGUCGGGCACGGUAAGCACCUUGGCUGCAUUCCAAACACUUAACAGACACACCCUCUCCCCUCAUCCCUCAAAUUAAGUGGACACUUCUGAUGAUGGGUCAUGACGUCUGGCAGGGCAAGGGAGGAAGGAAUGAGUUUUAAAUGGAGCGCCCUUGCCCGGAAGUUUGUCACUCGUUUGUCCCACAACAAUUGUGUUUUCAGCCACCAGUGGCUUGUGGGUGCUUUAUAUGAGCUACAGUCAAUUAUGAUUUUAUGUCUACUUAUAUUAACUAUAUAAUUAUUCAUAUACGUCUACUGUAUGAUAGCUAGCAAACUAAUUAGCUAACUAAGGUUAGCCUGCCAAGCUGGAACUUCUGAACUUUUUAUUACUACAAUUUCCAAAAACGAACCAAACAAAAACAUCAUUACUUUUAUGAGACGUGUUUGUGCAUUAGUAGCACAAUUUCUAACUUAUUUACAUUUGUUUUUACUCACACUUGUAUGUUGACUUCUCCAUAUUGACUUUGAGGUUUUAAUUUUUGGCUGAGUUUUCUUAGUGGAAGUGCAAUCAUCGCAAAUUGAAUUAUGGGGCAUUACAGGCCCGAAGUGAACAUAAUUGUACACUUGCAAACUCAAUUAAAAACAAGGGCUGAUGGGGCUUACCUUUUGAACUUCCCUUGUUUGGCUAGUCGUUUGGAGCGAAGGCCAAGAUGGUGACGGGGAUUCCCCCGAGGGCAUAAGACAGGGGUAAGUGGAGGAAGGUGUUUCUUUUGUGAGUUUGAAACGCAGCCCUUGAGAUUCUGCUCAUGCUGAGCAACCAGCACAUUUACAUUUCAGCCUGAUAUAUUCAAAUAUUAUUUAAGCUUUUGUAGUUGUAUCACUGGCCAGCUGGCCACCAUUCAAAUUACAUGCAGAUGUCUCAUGUCAACCUGUAAAUUGUCACUAAUGUCAAAGGCUGUUGCAUUAAUGAUUUAAAUCUCUCCGGGGAUGAAUAUGAAGGACUUCCUGGAGCAGCUGUAGAGUGUCUCUUUCGGUGCUUGUUUUAAGCAGAGGCAUUAAAGGGGCCUUUCACUGAAAUUCAACAGUUUAAACAGGUUCUUCUUGACCUUUUCAGUGUAACAUCUCUUUAGAAAGUCUGUCCCCUCUGUACCUUAUAGAUGGGUCCUACAUCCCACCACUAUAUCCUCGUUUAACACGAGAUCAGACUGGACACUCUCGCAUUUAUUAUUUCACCUGUGUUGUACUAUUUAUUUGUCCCCUAGGUGAUUUGAUUGUAACUUAUGUCAGUUAGAUUUUUACACGUGGAUUUUGUUUCUAAAAUGUACAUUUUGAUGAAUGUGUUUUGAAUAUAAAAUGUAAUAAAUACAUUUGUCGUCUGAA